UGAUUCCGUUGAAGAUAACCAUGACGGAUGGUAUACUACCACCACACCGUUCCUCGAUGGAACCAGUAGCACUUGGGGAAAAUACAUGCUACCCGGCACAGAGGAUUCGGCAGAUGACGCCCAGACGUGCAUGUCAGAGUCUCAGCAAGAAGCGCAUAAACUCCCCUUCCUUUCUGGACUCGUCCGCCCCACGCCGCGAGUGAAUUGAAAUGUUGCGCAGUGAGAAAAAACGGCGUGAGCAGAGUCGGAGAAAAUUUUCCGCUGUAGCUGGCCGAUGGGAGGCCUCUCCUGCCAAGAAGUGAAUCGGCAGUCUCAUCGUAACCAAAACUCACGCUUCCGCUUAUGCACCUCUGCAUCCUUUCUGUGCAGCAGCAUCUGGCUGGGUCAAUCUGAUUCAGUCAGCCUCUAUGAAGUAUCCAGCACAACAGGCUGCACUAGCAGUUCUGGUCCUGGAGUAAAUCUAGACCGCAUCCACACAACGACGGGCUAUGCCGUGGCCGUGGGUGGUAACGUAAUUGCAGGCAGGCGUCUUGUAGGUCAGGAGAGUGUAGAUUGCAGUCACAGCCCAGCAUCAAUUUGCAUCAUCUUCUUUGGGCAAACAAAAGCAGUAACAGGGAAGCGUGAAGAGCAAACACGAAACUGUAAACGAAAUAGUACCGAGAUCAAGUAUGGAAAGUGAAGAUAGCAGCAACUCGAACUCCUCAAGGGAUUCCGCCACCGCACUUUACUACUAGUACUACACCACAUUCAGCAAAUAAAAAAAAAACAUUCACCACAACCAUAAUCCGUCAAUUACAUCAAAGCCCAGGUGUCUUUAAUUUGUGAUUUGUAAAUUUGUGAUGAUUUCCAUAGUGAUAUAACAUUAUUGUGAUUUCAUGAAAUAAAAUUCAAUGCAUGGAAAUCUCGAUUUAGGCCAAAUCCAACCUUUUGCUAGAAACAGCAGUACUUUUCGACCCCAAAUUUUACGAGGAAUUAAAAAAUGUAGUCAAAUUUAAUGAAAGCUAAUAUAGUUAUCUAAUCGCCUACUUCCGGUACAGUUUCGGU